CGGCACCCAUUACACCCCGGGCAGCCCCCUCCAUUACCAUGGGCAUGUCAGUGGGUGCCAGCCCUGCAGCGGGGGAGGGGGGCUGCAGCCCCUGACACUGAGUAAUGGCUGCGGGGAGGGAACCGCUGCUGCUCUGUGUAGAGGGUAGGUAGCCCCUGUGCACGACCUAUAGACGGUGGGUUACUCUCCACAGGGUACUCUGGACUCGUUAAUGCAGUGACGCAGAGAUGCCUGGCUCCAUUCAAUGGGCACCCCGCUCGCCCGAGUACCAGUCUCAGAAGCAAUGCAAGAAGACCUCAUUCGCUUUCUACCAGGCCGUGCGGGACCUGCUCCCAGUCUGGCUCCUGGAGGACAUGCGGCUUAUGGAGGUACUACACUGGGAGGAAGGGGGCAUCAUCAGCUCAUACACACCCUCUGAGGCGCUGCUCUACGCCCUGGUACACGACCACCAGCCUUACGCCCACUACCUGCUCAACCACUUCCCGAACGAUGCCCUAGCUGUGCCAAGCAAGAGCUUCAGCUGCUGCCAGUCUGGAGCUCCUCACCUCACCAUGGCUGUGCGCUAUAACCGGCUGCAGAUCCUGCAAGAAAUUCUGUGCACCCUCCGGAAAUUCCCUUCCGAAAGCCGGACUGUCUACAUCAACCAGCGUGGGUGCCAGCGGGUGGAGGGUGGCAAGACUCCCAUACACCUGGCUUGUGAGCUGCAGCGAGUUGACUGUCUGAUUUUGCUGCUGGGGCACGGCGCCUGCCCGUAUGUUAAGGACUGCAGUGGCAAAUUCCCCCUCGAUUGCCUUCUGCAAGCAAUACAGGACAGUCCGCAGGAUAUGCACCUGAAGAGGCUGUGCCUGGAUUCUGUGCUGCUGUACAUGGCCGCAGGAGUGCCCCUCUCCACCAGGCAGCGGCUUCAAGAAGAGGGCACGGCUUGGCAGGAAAUGCUGGGAAAGGACUUGUACAGAUGGUUGACUGGCACCUCUCCCCCUACCCUCUUCACUCUGUCUAUGCAGAGUCUGCUCAGGGCCCUCCCUGCUGACAGGUUCCCAGAGGUCCUGGAGGAGAUCUCCCUACCAGACUUCUUAAGACCCCUUGCCUUACAGAAGCAAGUCCCAAAAUAGAACAGCUUUUGUUUUGUGAGGGUCUUAACACCCAAGGAUGAUUAUCCCCAACCUCCACCUCUAACUCCCAUCAUGUAGUGUCAGCAGGGUGACACGCAAUACGCAGGCACUUGGCAUGCAAUGUCAGGGGCUGCCAGCUGAUGAUGUACAACAGACAGAUGCCCAGUUCUGCGCCAAGAUGGCGACUUGUUCAAAGCUGCUUGUGUAUCAGUGUAAAGGGGCACCCCACGUGUAAGGUGUAUAUAUCAGUAGUGAGCCAUUUUCAGGAAAAAAAAAAACUAACAUCCAAUCAUUCAGAAAUUCUGGGCAUCUAGUUCUUGUGCAGGAUGAGAAAAACAUGGCUGCUCCCUUUCCAAAGCCGCGCCGCCCCUGUACACCGUUUACAUGUGGCGUUGUAGCUCUGUUCUGUUGAAGUGAAUGGGAAUGAACUGCAAUGCCACAGACAACCUGUAGACAGGGGUGGCGCUACUUUUUGGAACAAAGCGAGUCACUUUAAGUGACCAUGCUUUUUCCUAUUCCAUACAAUCUCUGAAGAUCAGCACCAUUAGAACGAGCAGGGAUAACUGCAUCCUGCCUUUUGUUUUUCAACUCCCUGGUUUUUAAGAUCUCCGCUUUCUGUCAGCGUAUGGGAACAUCCAUUUACGUGCAGUGGUUGAAACCCAUAGCGUUUACAAAACAAAGCACUGGUAGAACAAGUCAUGCAGCUUUGGAAGUAGCGGAUGAUGCAAGGCAGGGGUCAGCAAGCUCCACCACUCUAGCUGUAACUACUAUUCCCAGCAUGCACACUCACUCAGCUGUUCUUCCGUAGAAGUGAAUGCAGCAUGCUGGGAGUUGUAGUUGGAGAACAGCUGGAGUGCCAGGUGUUGCUAACAUCGGAUGUAAGGGAUGAGGAAUAGAAACACAAAGUCAAGUCCACAAUGUACAAUGAUUAAAGGGGGUGUCCGCAAAGAAGUGAAUGACGUUAAGCAGCAAUACCGCACACAACCUGAGGACAGGUGUGGCGCUGUUUUGGGAAAAUAAAAAGACGUUUUUUUCUAAUCCCGCACUAACCAGUUAGCGUCAUUUACAUUCAAUAUGCUACUAUCACUUUAAGGCCUCAUGCACACGGCCGUUGUUGGCUCGGAUGCGGACCCAUUCAUUUCAAUGGAGCUGCAAAAGAUGCGGACAGCACUCCGCGUGCUGUCCGCAUCCGUGGCUCCGUUCCGCGGCCCCACAAAAAAAAAUAACAUGUCCUAUUCUUGUCCGCGAUUUGCGGACAAGAAUAGGCAUUUAUAUUGCUGGCGCCCGUUCCGUAAAUUGCGUACGGCAACACGGGCACCUUCAGUUUUUUGUGGUUUGCGGACCGCAAAAAACGUCACGGUCGUGUGCAUGAGGCCUAAAGGGGAGUUUGUUCUUGUAAAUUUAGUAUUUUUCGUUGGAGGGUCUAUAUCAUUACACGUUUUAAAUUGUUUCUAGAACAUCUGAUCAUCCGGCGUGGACUGUGUUUUGGAAAUCCCGGAUUAAAGGACUUUUUUUGUACUUAAUUCUACACAUUGGGAGACUUUUAGACCUAAAUCUGUCCGUCAGAACGCGCCCCUCGCAGAGAUUUUACAAUAGAUUCUCACAUCGUUUGCACUUCAGUUCUGUUUUAAUCUUUUACUUUUCUGGUUUAUGUUCCUUUCAUUUAAUAUCGGGGCCUGAGAUAAGUGGGCGUACUAGUUCGGGGGUCAGCAACUGCUGUGAAACAACAACUCCCAGCAUGCUCCAUUACCUUCUGUGGUUGUUCCACAAAGAACAAAGCGAGUGUGCAUGCUGGGAGUCGUAGUUUCACCACUACCGGAGUUCACUGGACUGGAUGACAGGGACGGGGCCCCCUGUUACCACCAUGGGUGGGUAUUGCAGAAGCUACAGAACAGUGAUCUCCAACUCGUAGCUUUUCAGCUGUUGCAAAACUGCAACUCCCAACAUGUCCUAAAAGUAGGGAGCUGUAGUCUUGUAACCGCUGGAGAGCACUGCUCUAGAUUACUGCCAUAAACGGUGCUUUUUAAAAAAUUUUUAUGGCAGGCCCCCCCAACUAUGCACAUUUCAGGGUCUAGGACAGGUGUCGGUAACCUCCGGCCCUCCAGCUGUUGUGGAACUACAUUUCCCAGCAUUUAUACUCUCACUUGGUUGUUUUCAAAACGGCUAUAGAAUUUUCAGGCGCAUUCUGGGAGUUGUAGUUGCUAAACCCUGGUCUAGGACAAGGAUAAGCAACCUCCGGGACUCCAGCUGUUGUAAAACUACAAAUACCAGCAUGCGCCAUUCAUCUCUAUGGGACCUCUGAGAACAGCUAAGCAAGUGUGAAUGCUGGGAGUUAUAGUUUCACAACAGCUGGAGUCACAGAGGCACCCUAUCACUGCCUAGGACAUGGGUCAGCAGUUGUUAUAAACUACAGCUCCCAGCAUGCUCAAUACACUUCUAUUGGAAUUUUAAGAAGAGCCAAGCAAGCAUGCAUGCUGGGAAUUGUAGUUUCACAGGAGAUGGCGAUUGCCGACCCCCUGCUCUAGGAUAUGUACUGGUGGUUGCAGUGUCCUGUAGCGGACGUCACCGGACGCGGAAAAUGCAAAAUACUGAAAAGCACUUUAUAAAACUGUACAAUAGCUGUAUAUACGACGACGUGCCUGGAGACUCACCUGUUCAUUUUUCGGGUACUUAUUUCUGUAUUUAUUUAUUGGUUGUCUUCAUUCUGCCAAGAAAUAAAAUAACAGAACUUCA